CUAAAAUGGCGUCACGGAAAUAGCAUUAGGGUGGUGAGAGCUCACGUCACAAACAAAAAUAUAUUUUUUUACUUUACAAAAACUAAAUUUCAUGUUUGGAAUUUUCAGGGUUUUUUUUUUAAAAACCUGCAGACUCUCUCCUCUCCAACUGAGGGCGCUCUCGAAACACAGUGAAACCCAACAUGAUCGAAGAAGUAAUUGGCCGCACUGUUUGCUCACUGUUAGCUCGGUUGCUACGUAAAUAAACUGAAGCAGGUUUUGACGAUGUCGGCCGACACUAAGAUCGCUGAGCUGUUGACUGAGCUCCAUCAGCUAAUCAAACAGACGCAGGAGGAAAGGUCUCGCAGUGAACACAAUCUACUCAACAUCCAGAAAACCCACGAGAGGAUGCAGACGGAGAAUAAAACUUCUCCAUAUUAUCGAACCAAACUGCGAGGAUUGUACACCACGGCUAAGGCAGAUGCUGAGGCUGAGUGCAGCAUCCUUCGUCACGCCCUGGACAAAAUCGCAGAAAUCAAGUCACUGUUGGAGGAAAGGAGAAUUGCUGCUAAGAUGGCAGGAGUGUACAGUGACGGCGACCCUCCAAGGAAGACGAUGAGGCGCGGUGUCCUGAUGACGCUCCUGCAGCAGUCGGCCAUGACACUCCCACUGUGGAUCGGAAAACCGGGAGAGAGCCCUCCUCCAUUGUGUGGCGCCACUCCUGCCAGCAGUGACUACGUGGCCAAACAGGGAGACAAAGUGGCGGCAAGAGUCAAAACUACAGACGGGGAUGAGCAGUGGAUCCUGGCCGAGGUGGUCAGCUACAACCACGGCACCAACAAAUAUGAAGUGGACGACAUUGACGAAGAGGGAAAAGAGAGACACACUCUGAGUCGGCGGCGGAUCAUCCCACUGCCUCAGUGGAAAGCCAACUCAGAGACGGACCCUGAAGCUCUGUUUAGCAAAGACCAACUGGUUCUGGCGCUUUACCCACAAACCACCUGUUUCUACCGGGCCCUUAUCCACACGCCGCCACACAGGCCGCAGGACGACUACUCGGUGCUGUUCGAGGACACGUCUUACGCUGACGGUUACUCACCGCCUCUGAACGUGGCUCAGCGCUACGUUGUCGCUUGUAAAGAGAACAAAAAGAAAUGAAGAGAAGGCUGUGCUGUGUGCGCCCCCCGUGGCUGGCAGAAGGACAGCAGCUUUAAUACAGUUGUAAAUGUUGAAGUGAUUUCUUUUUUUACAUGUCAAUCAUUGUUCAGUAAAAGUUUCUUCUGGA